AUGCAAGCAGCUCACACCCCUCCACUGGCAAUGCAUCCUGGGAUUCAUAAGACCUAUGAAAAUCUUCGCAACAUGUUUUUCUGGUCCAACAUGCUGCGUGACGUUCGCCGUUUUGUGGAGCAGUGUUUGAAUUGUCAGCAGUCCCGUGGUAUUCAACAGCGUGUUCCAAUGGCUCAGGCUCCUCUUGCACUUUACCCUUUGGAGAGGGUAUCCAUGGACAUCUUGGAUCUUGCUCAAGCACCAAUGAGAUGGGCUUUAACAAUCCUCGACCAGCAUUCCAGGUUUAUCCAGAUCGUCCCCCUUAAGGAUACCACCGCAUCACGCAUACACCAUGCUUUUCUAGAAAAUUGGGUCACUUACUUUGGUCCACCUCGGGUCAUUCAAACCGACAAUGGCCGCCAGUUUAUCUCCCAGUUGUUUGCCGAGAUGAGCGCACGAAUUCGGGUGGUGAAAGCUGCCCUGACUGCUGUUGUAGGAGACCGUCCUGGAGACUGGCACAAGCACAUCCCCGAAUUACGUCUUGCUCUGAACUCUGCAAUCCAUCGCUCAACUGGGGAGCAGCCCCUCUAUCUUCUGACUGGGAGGCACACAUACUUUCCAGUAGGACUGACAAAUGGUGCCAUAUUUGCUGACAACGAUAACCUACAGGAGCUCCUGAAGACAGCUCGCCGUGCAGCUGUGACAGCUUCCAGGGAUGCCAGAGGGGUCUACCAGAGGUCCUACAACCGGCAAGCCCGAGGGACUUUCAUUCCUGAUGUCGGUCAACUGGUGUGGUUCAAAGAAAUGGUCCCUCGUCCUCUUGGGCCAAAGUGGCAGGGCCCUGCUAGAGUCUCUAAACGAUUUGGUCCUGUAUCAUUUGAAGUCCAAGACCUAGAUUCUGGGAAAGUUCUCCGAGCACAUCUUAAUCACCUACGCCCAUACCACCCACCAGAAGAGCUGUCGCAUGCUGAUGAUGAAGAUGGCAGGCCCGAAAUCGAUGAUGUCUUACAUGAAGACCCUGCGGUAGCCCUUUUGACUACCUUUGUUCGACAUCCACUUUUCACGGCUGACGUCAAAGAAGGAGUUGGUGAAACAUACUAG